ACCCUUAGCGCCCUAACACUUCCAUAAACUUCCCUUCCAAUCCCUUCUAGUAAUAAGAUGGCAUCCCAGACCGUCGAGAGCUACCGUGAAGGCGCCGAGGUCUACCGCGGCGACGACAUCUGCAAGAAGAAGUCCGUCCAAGUGCUCGAAGAGCUCGGCCUCCCCAAGGGUCUGUUGCCCCUCGUCGACAUCGAGGAGUUUGGCUACAACCGUGCGGCCGGGUUCAUGUGGCACGUCCAGAAGAAGAAGAAGGAGCACACUUUCAAGAAGAUCAAGCAGACGGUGUCGUAUGCCGCCGAGAUGACGGCUUUCGUGGAGCAGCGCAAGAUGAAGAAGAUAACGGGGGUGAAGACGAAGGAGCUGUUGCUAUGGCUUUCUGUUGUGGAGGUGUACAUCGAUGAUCCCUCGUCGGAGAAGAUCACUUUCAAGACCGGCACCGGGCUGUCUGAUAGCUUCCCGGUGUCUGCCUUCGAGCUCGAGUAGCUUGAGAGAGGAAAGAGGGUGGAGGGAUUCAGGAGUUCUCUUGAUCUAUUGAGAACAUUACCAAGAUUUUAGUUUCUGACUUAUAUUUCACUUAAUAUUUGCCGUUGUAUCAAAUUAAAGUUCAAUUAAUGGUCUCGUUAUGAUAUAUAUGGUUCAUUCAAAUGCUA